AUGGGACAAGGUGCCAAACACACCAGCAGGCAGUGCACAAGUCGUGCGGUGUGCGGUGUGGUGUGUGAGGUGUGUGUGUAGAGGGAGGAGAGGGAGUGAUGUUGGGGUUUGAGUGGACGUACGACAAGUCGGGUCACGCCACCCCGAACGGCCGCACUGAGGCGUGCGAGACGCUGACCCUCAAAUGGCGCGAGGAGGUCCUCCUUCUGCUCGGCCAACACGGGUACCGCCGCAACCUCGUGUGUCGCCUCAGCCAGGCUGGCGUCGACAUCAGAUCACCCAACUCACCACGACCAUGUACUCACUGACUGAUUGAGGGAGGGAGGCACGGCACACACCGCCAGGAUCUGCAAUUUGACGGACGGACACAUCUCAUCUCCCCGUUGCUUGUCGGUCGGUGUGUGGUGUGCAGAUGUGACUGUUAGCGGCCCCGAUGCGUCGCGCGAGCGUGCCAAGUGGUACAUCGAGCAGCUGCUGGCGCAGGUGCGGUGCAGGAUCGAUGGCAGUCCGACCGAGCUCACCAACACCAUCGACAUGGCCGUCAUCCGCAAGCGCACCGACGUCACCGUCGCCACACUGCCCAGAAACUCACUCGGAUUCGUUUGCGGCAAAAAAAGGCAGGUCGGUACGCUACUCACCUAUCUGCAUCCAGACCCAACAAACCACACACCACACCACACCAAAUGCACCUGUGUGGAUCGGUUCUCUCUCUCUGUCUGUGUGUCAAUGCUUGUGCUUCCUUCAGAACAUGCAGAGUAUCGAGGAGACGUUUGACGUGUUGGUUUUCUUUGUGACUGUGGUUGGGUACGACCCCAGCCGGCUGGUGGAGGAGCAGCUCGGCCACACCCUCGACGGCCUCCCCCGGCCGCCCGUCGACUCGCCACUCGAACACACCAACGCCCUCAUCGUCGGCAGGACGCGCAACCGCAUCGCCGCACUACUCACCAUCAUGGGCGCCACCGCCGCCAUUAUGCCUGGUACGAUACACACGCAUGGAUGGAUGGAGGAGGGCGUCAGCUGAGCCGUUUGUGUGUGUGCCUGUGCCUGGGCGUUUGUGUGUGUGUGUGUCUGUCAGAUUACUAUGUGGUGGAUGGGUAUGGGAAGAACCGUUUCAGCGACGCCCCUGGCAUGGCUGUCGACGAGGUGGGUGGGUGUGCUUGCCCUGGGCGGACGGAUGGCUGGAUGGAUGUGGCUCACACAUGUCUGUCUGCAUCAAUGUGUGUGCGCAUUCGGCAGUAUUGCAUCGCUGAGGGUUCGCCCAGCAUCCACUCGACGUAUCUGCAUCGCGUCGCCCGACUCAUGAUCACGUGCAUGGGCAAUGGGCUCUACUUCAUCGCUGGUAGACACACACACACACACACACACAUGCUUGCAAGCACGGAUGGCAGCGCAUUUGGUUGAUCGGUCUACGCAGGUACCCCCGAUGAGCGUCGUCGCGGCAAGGAGUACCUGGACAUCACGGUGGCCUUCUCCAGGGCCACCCUUCACAGCCGGCCAGAGCGAUACGCCGCAUUCAAAGAAUACCUCCACGAAUCAGGCAUCCACAUGCACAACAGGUGGGCUGCCUGACGGUUUGUUUACUCUGCCAGAAACAGACGUACACACAUCGACUGCUCCCUCCCUCCCUCCCUGCCUACGUGUGUGUCUUUUCACAAGGAAUGACAUGGAGCGGUUGGAGGUGCCGGAACCCCCCGAGCGGCCCCGCGACAUCGCACUCGAGUGCGGCACAUUCGUGUUCGUAUUCGACCCGCCCACCCCGUACGCAGCAACUGAUAUUGGCACCGACCUCUCAGACAGACAGAUCCAUUCUGUUUAUUUAUGGGUGUUGCAGGUCUGCCCCCUAUCAGGUGGUCAUCGUGAGCACCCAGAGGGACAACCGCGACCGAGCGAGGUCCAUUGUCCUCUCUGCUGCCGGCCAGCUGCCCGGGCGACGGACACCCAACGGGGCGUCUGCCGGCGGCAUCACCCCCUCCCACUCCCAUUACUCCUCAUCCCACUCCCGCUACCCCCGCUCAUUUUCCGACGCCGUCUCCAACACCUACCUCACCAUCGACUCGCCGUCCGCGGCGUCCAGCAAGCCCGUGCUGCCCAAGACCACACCACACACAGAGAGUGAGACCGACAACGACCACACCCACACAACGCCCACGCAGUCGUUCGGCUCGUCCUUCGAGGAGUCCGGCCGUUCGUCGGGGUGUGGGGGCGGCGGCCCCGUCAGCGGGAGGACGACCAAUGGCGUCGGCAGCAUUGGCUAUGACGACAACAUCGGAUUCCCCACGGAGGAGUCCGAGGAGUCCGAACGCGACGAUGACGACAACGGAGGCGAAGAGGGGAGGUCUGUGUGCGACGACAUCGAGUGUCAGCAGCAGUACUGCCAGGAAGGGGCAGCCGCAGAGGGCGGCGGCGGCGAGGCACAGAUGCCCAACGGCACCGGCGGGUCGCAGCACAAGUGAGCGACCGAGGCACAUCCAUCCAUGAUGUAUCGUCUCGUCUGUCUGUCUGUCUGUGUGUGUGCAGCGGGUGUUUCCCCUCACUGUUGUCGUCCACGUCGGUGUCUCCCUCUCCCUCUCCCCAGCACGCCGCAUUGGAUGCGUGUGGUCGGCUGGGGGCCCUGGACACCGCCGUGCGCGACCUGGCCGCCUACGCCGACGACCUCGAGGGCGAGGUGCGAGACGUCGAGGACCGCAACGCAUACCUCACACAUCGCAACACGCAACUCGAACAAAAGAGCCCCGAACGGUAGGCAUUACUUAUGGGGUGGGGGACGUAUCUAUCUCUUUGUUGAUGUGUGUGGAUGCGUGUAGGUAUUGUGAGGAGCAUCUGAUGCAGCUGACCAGCAUCGAGGCCAUCGACGACUUCAUCGCAGGGUGCAAGGAGGCCCUCAACACGAUCGUCGGCGACCAGGGGAGGCUGGUCAACAUGGUCAACCAGGCCUACCAACACGUGCACGCGGGCCAGCAGGGGGGCAGCAGUGGCAGCUCGCACGGUGCCAAAGGCGUGGCCUGCAACAAGUGAUCUAGCUAGCUUGAUAAGUAGAUGGAUGGAGGGAGGGAGACCAAUCGAGAAAGGUGUCUGUCUAUGUGUGUGCGCGGGCUUAUGUGUGUAUGUAUGUGAACACGGGAGUCUGCGUCACAGACAGACAGCCAAGGCAGCGGCGGUGGGGAAGAGGGUGGGGGUAAAGGUCACCACCUGACGGCGGACAUGUGUGUCAGGCAGGCCCGGCCAUGUGUGUGUGGGUGAGUGGCUGGGUAGGUGCGUGUGUGGGUUCCUGGCUCACUCCCCCAUCUGUGUGGCCUUGCUCUAGCUACACAGUGAGUGAGUGAGUGUUAUGUGUGUUGGUGCCUCUAGUCAUUCGUGGAUGGAUGGAUGCUUACCUACCGUGCAGGCAAAAAAUUGAUGGG